AUGAAUGAGGUUUGCAAAGCCAUUGAGCAUUCAAAUCUCGCCCCAAGCCAACAUCCAACGCGCCCUCGACCUCGCCGCCUAUGGCCGCCUCUUCCAGCACUUCACAGACCGCCGCCUCCCCCGUCAGGCCAAGCAGCUCCACGCCCGCCUCGUCCUCUCCUCCGUCACGCCCGGCAACUUCCUCGCCUCCAAAAUCAUCAACUUCUACUCCAGAGCCAACCAUCUCAAACAAGCCCACAAGGUGUUCGACGAUAUUCCCCACAAGAACACUUUCGCCUGGAACGCCCUCCUCAUUGGGUACUCCACUAGCAACAUGUAUACCGAUACUCUGAGGGUGUUCUCGGCCAUGUUGGCGUCGACCUCACCGGAAGUUAAGCCGGAUAACUUCACUAUUACGUGUGUGAUGAAGGCUCUGGGGGGUUUGUUUUCGGGUUCCAAUUUGGCGAAGGAGGUGCAUUGCUUUGUUCUGCGUAAUGGGUUUGAUUCGGAUGUGUUUGUUGCUAAUUGCUUGAUGACUUAUUACUCGAGGUGUGAUGAGGUUGGAAUGGCUAGGUGCUUGUUUGAUAGGAUGCCGGAGAGAGAUACCGUGUCAUGGAAUUCGAUGAUCGCUGGGUAUUCUCAGGCUGGGUAUUAUGGAGAGUGUAAAGAGUUGUACAGGGAGAUGUUGGAGUCUGUGGAGUUUAGGCCUGAUGAUGUGACUGCAGUUAGUGUGCUGCAGGCGUGUGUACAGUCCAGUGAUCUUGUUUUUGGUGUGGAGGUUCAUCGGUUUUUGAAUGAGAGUCGAAUUGAGAUGAAUGUCAUGCUUUAUAAUGCUCUGAUAGGGUUGUAUGCUAGGUGUGGUAAGUUUGAUUGUGCUCAAGAGUUAUUUGAUGGGAUGAGUGAGAAGGAUGAGGUUACAUAUGGUUCAUUGGUUUCGGGCUUCAUGUUUCACGGAUUUGUUGAUAAAGCAAUGGAUAUUUUCCGAGAAUGUACUGACCGAAGCUUAAGUACUUGGAAUGCUAUGAUUUCAGGUAUGGUUCAGAACAACCAACAUGAGGCUGCCAUUGAUUUAGUUCGUGAAAUGCAGGCAUAUGGAUUCAAACCAAAUACCGUGACAUUGUCAAGUGUUCUCCCUGCAAUUUCAUACUUUUCAAAUCUGAAAGUAGGGAAAGAAAUACAUGCGCAUACAAUCAGAAACAAUUUUGAUUGGAAUAUUUAUGUUGCAACUGCUAUUAUUGAUACUUAUGCAAAGUCGGGGUUUCUUUCUGGGGCACAACAGGUUUUUGAUCAAUCAAAAUAUAAGAGCUUGGUAAUUUGGACUGCAAUUAUCUCAGCUUAUGCUGCUCACGGAAAUGCUUAUGUGUCUAUUGGUCUGUUUCACAAGAUGCUCGGUUGUGGGAUACAGCCAGAUGAAGUAACGUUCACAGCAGUAUUAACAGCUUGUUCUCACUCUGGAGAAGUACAUGAAGCUUGGAAAAUCUUUAACUCCAUGAUUCCGGUAUAUGGCAUUCGCCCUUCGGUUGAGCAGUACGCAUGCAUGGUAGGUGUUCUUAGCCGAGCAGGGAGACUCAACGAAGCUGCAGAGUUUAUACAAAACAUGUCUAUUGAGCCAUCUGCUAAAGUUUGGGGUGCAUUACUUAAUGGGGCUUCAGUUGCUCGUAAUGUUGAAUUGGGAAAAUUUGUUUGUGACCGUCUAUUUCAGAUGGAGCCUGAGAAUACCGGGAACUAUAUCAUUAUGGCAAACUUAUAUUCACAAGCUGGGAGAUGGGAAGAAGCUGAUAUGAUCAGGGAAAAAAUGAAAGCAGUUGGAUUACAGAAAGUUCCCGGUAUUAGCUGGAUUGGAACAAGUGAUGGAACACACAGCUUCAUAGCAAGGGAUGGAUCCAAUGUAAGAACUGAAGCGGUUUACGAUAUACUUCAAGGAUUGCUAGGAUUGAUGAAAGAGAAAGGGUAUGUUCUGCAGGAUGAAUUGAAUGAAGAGAGUGUCAAUGUUUGUAGCCAAGAUCAAUUUUUACAGGAAGAAUGAUCCAAAACAGGAUCAUACGGCAUGGCAUUUUCACACUGUUCGCCGAGAUCCGUUCAGUAAGUCUAAUGAAGGAAUUCGGGUGUUUCUUUUUACACCCACUUUGCACUUUGCUGUUGACCACUCACAUCUUUUGCCAUAGAAAUUUAUCAUCAGACUUAUCAUUAAUUCAUUAAUGUAUAUAGCUUUCGGUAUGCUGUGCCUUUUACUUUUAUAAAGGUAACUGUAAAAUCCUUGCUUGCUGUCUAAGAAUCCAAAGGAAACU